GUUAAGACAUCCUCUGAUCGAGACGUUUGUCUAAAAAGUUAUUAAUAUUAUUAAUACUACUUUUUAGUGAAGACUGAAAAUGGCUUUUCAGAUAAAGAACUUAUUCUCGCGUUUAUAUAAAACAGCGUUUGAUAUCAUAUUAUAUACACUAAUAUUGUCCACAAUAUUGGCAUUACUUCCGAGCAAUUUGUUUGUCAACUUUCCGUUGGAACCGAAGAGUCAUGUGUUGAACAUUCCCGACAAAGUGGACAAUUGGAACAAUUUGUUGGUCGAAAAAAGUGAAUUCUUGCUCAACGGUGUGAUCGUCGGACCAGAAUCUCUGGCCAAUAAAGACAACUUCAUAUAUACCGGUCUCGCAGACGGAAGACUCGUUGAGAUUAAUAAGAAGACCCUUAAGACCAGAGAUAUCGCACGUUUUGGGACUAAACUUUUAUGCGGAAAGGAAGACAUGGCUGACUGCGGAAGAGUUCUUGGGGUUCGGUUUCAUAGAGACAACUACUUGUAUGCAGUCGAUUACGUGAACGGAUUGUUUCGGGUGAAUGUGACCACUGGUGCCAAAGAGUUGAUUGACUUCAAGAAUCCUGAAAUUAACGGCUUUUAUGACGAUUUGGCUUUUGAUCCUAAACUGAAUAUCGUUUACGUAUCGAUUAUGACCACCAAAUGGCAAUUAAAUCAAGUUAUAUAUGGAUUAUUAGAUUCUGAUGAAACGGGUUAUGUGUUUGCCUACAAUUUGGACACUAAGAGAAGCACUAUAUUAAGGACUGGACUUAAAUUUGUAAAUGGACUUCAAAUAAGUGCUGACAAUAAAUACCUUUUAGCCGCCGAA